AUGGCGGAGGAGAUCGUGCCCAACUCGGUGGGCUGGUACAUCCUGGAGGGGUACCCGUGGUGGCCCGUGUACAUCUGCGACGUGACCAAGCUGCGGCCGAACCUGCACCUGCUGGGCAGCGGCCACAAGAAGAUCCUCAAGAAGGCGCGCGACUUCCCCGACGACUUCAUCGUCGUCUACUACUUCGGCUCGCACGACUUCUCGCUCGUGGGGCUCAAGAAGGGCGUGCUGCGCCCAUGGGACUGCGCGCAGAAGGACCAGUUCCUCAAGGGCCACCCCAAGCACCUGACCAAGAAGAAGGGCGUGAUGGACGACCUGCUGGAGGCCGUGCAGGAGGCCGAGGAGUACCUCUCGCAGCCCGAGGACAUCCGCCUACCGCAGCACAUGGUGCCAUCCGACCUGGACCCGACGCUGGAGCCGCCGCCGCCUGAGCUCGUGCCUCAGGAGGUGGCGCAGGACCCCGAGGAGGAGGAGGAGGACGCGGAGGCCAUGGACAAGAAGGAAAAGAAGGAGCGCGAGAAGAAGGAGAAAAAGGAGAAGAAGGUGCGAGAGAAAAAGGAGAAGAAGACGAAGAAGAGCAAGGGCAAGGACGACGAGGACAAGAAGCGCAAGAGCGACGCUGCAAGCGACAGCAAGGGUGCAUCGCCGUCCAAGGUGGCCAAGACGGCGGACCAGACAGACGUCAAGAGCGAGCCCGCUGCGGCGAAGAAGGAAGCUGGCGAGAAGAAGCCGCCUCCGGCCGACAUGACCACGGAGGCGCUGAGCAUUAUUCUGGAGAAGGAGAUUCGCUGGAUCCUCGUCAACUGCCCGUUCGAGGAGAUGACGACCAAGACUGUGCGGAAGCUGCUCGAGGACCGCCUGCACAUGGACCUCCGCCACCAGAAGGCGUCGAUCAAGGAGGGCGUCGCGCGCGUGAUCGCGUCCAUGGAGGAGGAGGAUGGAGCUGACUCGGCUUCGACUGCGCCUGAUGAGUCUGCAGCUGUUCCUGCUGAGGACACCAAGGCAAACGUUAAGGUCGAAACGAACGAGACUGCUGUGCCUCUUGAGAAAACGAAGAAGCAGCUCGAGGCAGCGUCCAAGAACCUGUCGUUGGCGCUUGACUUGGAGCCAAAGAUCAUGGACGCGCUCAACUCGCUGAAGACUCUUGACAGUGUGGAUAAGGACGUGUUGGCGGCUUCGACCUUGCAACCUAGGCUCGUAAAACUGAGGGCGCAUCGGUCUUCAAAAAUCUCCGAGCUUGUAUCACUCUUGGUGAAGAAAUGGCAUGUUGAGGACUUGGUUCCAGCUCCGAAGCCUGUUACGAACGAAGAAAUAUUGAGCCACAAGGAGAAGCUGGAGAACUCUGAGACCUCUCACGACGAGCUGCUUGUAUGCUUGAACCAGCUGGACCAGAUGGUUGUGACAAUAGAACACUUAAAGGAGACGGCAAUCGCGCGCGCAGUGUCCAAGUUGCGGCAGCAUGGAAAUGACAAGGUCUCUGCUAAAGCCCAGGAGCUCCGGCAAAAGUGGAUCAAGCAGUCUAAUGCAGACAACGGUACUGUGUGUUGGAAGACCAUCUACGGUAGGGCCAGCCUCUGA